AUGCGCACGUGUGCGAGAGAAGAACGUAUAAAAGCUUCGACAACCUGCAAGUUCCAGACAAUGGCACGCUUGUUCCACACCGUCUUACUCGCUGCGCUCAUUGGCGCUGCUGCAGCUGAAGCUGGCCAGAAACUAGUGCUGACCAAUGACGAUGGAUGGGCUGCUGCGUUUGUUCGUGCCCACGAGUCGGCACUCAACGCUGCUGGAUACGAUGUCGUUCUCAGUUGUCCUGCGGUAGACAAGAGUGGAACUGGCUCCUCUACCGCAACACCAACGGUGUUGACCAAUCCCUGUGAAUUCAAUACUUGCCCCGUUGGCUCACCACCAGAGGGCUUCAACGCUUCCAACCCCAGACAAAAUUAUGUCAACGCUUUCCCCGUUGAUUCCGCCCGAUUUGGCAUCCAGACGCUUGCGCCGAAAUUUUUCAAUGGUUCCGCACCGGAUCUGGUUGUUGCUGGACCCAAUGUUGGGAGCAAUGCUGGCUCGACCGUACUCAUUUCUGGCACUGUUGGUGCAGCGACGGAGGCAGUGCUGGAAGGCUUUCCUGCCAUUGCCUUCUCGGGUGGAUCGGGCUCCCAAGUAUCGUACACGACCCUUGAGUCAGAUCCAACAUCGACAACAAGCAGGGCAGCGUUGCUUUACGCUGAUCUGAGCAUCCCCCUCGUCAAUCAGCUGCUGUCGACCCCAAAACCGUUCCUCCCGGGAGGCAUAUUGUUAAACGUUAACUUCCCGUCGCUUACGAGCAACUGCACCGCUGCUUCUGCGUUUAAAUACGUCCUGGCACGGAUCAACCCAGCGUCUUCGGGCACACCACCUGAUGUUUCAACCUGUGGGACCACGCGUCUACCGACGGAAAACUCCAUCAUCUCAAGGUCUACGGAGUGCCUUGUGAGCGUCAGCGUUAUGCAGGCGAGCAACAAGGGCGACGCGACGGCCGGAAACCAGACUUUUGUUUUAGAGAAGCUUUCCCCGAUACUCAGUUGUUCGAGUUGA